AUGAAUCAAGAGUCUACUAGCCAACCGCGCGAGGAGCAUACAUCUCCAGGCAGUUUGAACUGCAACCAGGGGAGGAUAUGUGCCUUGAUCCAAACCAGUGAUGGAGAGAGACACUAUUUCUCCGGCACUGUGAGCACUGAUCUACGUCUCAUCGCCAACAAUGCUCAAGUGGUGUACUUCGAUCUCGCCGAAGAUAAACCCUACUGCCAAGAGUUCAAGGCAAUGAUUGGCCCCGUUCACGCUAACUUCUGGUGGCAAGGAGGGGCUAUACACCUCUCUGGAACAUUACUGCACCGCAUCGAUGACACAAUCGAAGCCUUCGGUGAAGGGUGGUGGGGUGAUAUUGAUAAUAAGGAGUAUGAGGAGAAUGGCGAGGAGCGUUACAGUGAUGAGAGCGAUGAUCCGAGAGCGUGA